AUGUUUCUCUUGAAAAAAAAAAAUAUAGAAAUUCAACUUUGUUUUCAACAAUGUCGAGAUGAUCUUGAUAUUCAAAACGAAGGAAAAACCUACGAGUCUGUAGUCCGACAGUUUUGUGAGCUAACAGCAUCAGCUAGUUCAACAACAACAUCAUCACCACAACCACCACCUGUAACACCUACUGUUAACCAAUCAUUAGCAACAACUUUUUUUGCACCAACUGGUAAUUCUACAUCAUCAUCGUCUGGCAGCAGCGUUCCAACAACCACAACCACCACAAAAACUACUAGUAAUGCAAAUAAAUUAUCAUUAUCCAAUUGUGAUGUCUUUAGUUUCCUUGUUAGUUGGUUACAUUGUGAUGAUUUAAAUAUUAAAAAAUCAAGACCACACCCAGAUAUUAGAAUCGUAGUUGCUCCCCCUAUUUUCAAUGCUCCAGUUCAUACUGUUGAAACAAGCAAAGUAAAAAUUGGCCAAGCCAAUCUCUUGAUAGAGCAUCUGUGA